CCGCUGCCCGGCCGAGUCGAGCCGAGCGAGCGAGCGCCGCGCGCAGAGCACACGCUCGCGCUCCAGCUCCCCUCCCUGGCCGUUCAUGACCGCGCGCUCUGAGCUCAGCCCCGCCACCCCCGCCGCCCCGCCGCCCGCCGCCGCGAGGGCCCCCCGAGGGAAGGAAGGCAGGCGCGGCCGUGCGUCCCGCGGAAUCCGCGCCCCCCGGCCCGCAACCGGCUGCCCGGCCCGGCUGACACCAUGCUGCCCGCGCGCUGCGCCCGCCUGCUCACGCCCCACUUGCUGCUCGUGUUGGUGCAGCUGUCCCUAGCUCGCGGCCACCGCACCACGGGCCCCAGGUUCCUCAUAAGCGACCGUGACCCUCAGUGCAACCUCCACUGCUCCAGGACUCAACCCAAACCCAUCUGUGCCUCCGACGGCAGGUCCUAUGAGUCCAUGUGUGAGUACCAGCGAGCCAAGUGCAGAGACCCUACCCUGGGUGUGGUACAUCGAGGCAGAUGCAAAGACGCUGGCCAGAGCAAGUGUCGCCUGGAGCGGGCUCAGGCCCUGGAGCAAGCCAAGAAGCCGCAGGAGGCGGUGUUUGUCCCAGAGUGCAGUGAAGACGGCUCCUUUACCCAGGUGCAGUGCCAUACUUACACAGGGUACUGCUGGUGUGUCACCCCAGAUGGGAAGCCCAUCAGUGGCUCUUCUGUGCAGAAUAAAACUCCUGUAUGUUCAGGUUCAGUCACCGACAAGCCCUUGAGCCAGGGUAACUCAGGAAGGAAAGUCUCUUUUCGAUUCUUUUUAACUCUCAAUUCAGAUGACGGGUCGAAGCCGACACCCACGAUGGAGACUCAGCCCGUGUUCGAUGGAGAUGAAAUUACAGCCCCUACUCUAUGGAUUAAGCACUUGGUAAUCAAGGACUCCAAACUGAACAACACCAAUGUAAGGAAUUCAGAGAAAGUCCAUUCGUGUGACCAGGAGAGGCAGAGCGCCCUGGAAGAGGCCCGGCAGAAUCCCCGGGAGGGCAUUGUCAUCCCCGAGUGCGCCCCCGGGGGGCUCUACAAGCCUGUGCAGUGCCACCAGUCCACUGGCUACUGCUGGUGUGUGCUGGUGGACACGGGGCGCCCGCUGCCCGGAACCUCCACGCGCUACGUGAUGCCCAGUUGUGAGAGCGAUGCCAGGGCCAAGAGUGCGGAGGUGGACGAUCCCUUCAAGGACAGGGAGCUGCCAGGCUGUCCAGAAGGGAAGAAGAUGGAAUUUAUCACCAGCCUACUGGACGCCCUCACCACUGACAUGGUGCAGGCCAUUAACUCAGCAGCGCCUACUGGAGGUGGGAGGUUUUCAGAACCGGACCCCAGCCACACCCUGGAGGAGCGCGUGGUGCACUGGUACUUCAGCCAGCUGGAUAGCAAUAGCAGCAAUGACAUCAACAAGCGGGAGAUGAAGCCCUUCAAGCGCUACGUGAAGAAAAAAGCCAAGCCCAAGAAGUGUGCCCGGCGUUUCACUGACUACUGUGACCUGAACAAGGACAAGGUCAUCUCACUGCCCGAGCUGAAGGGCUGCCUGGGUGUCAGCAAAGAAGCAGGACGCCUCGUCUAAGGAGCGGAAAACCAAAGGGCAGGUGGGGAGACCAGGGAGGCAGGAUGGACCACCCAACACCUAACCUUCACCAGCUCCCCCGGCCCGGCCACAUCCCGUGUAACAUAAGUGGUGCCCACCGUGUUUGCACUUUUGAUAACUCUCAUUUGCAUGUUUUCUUUUUGGUUUCAUUUUUAAACACCAGUAUCUCAUACCACAGAGGGAAAAGGAAAGGGAAAAAGACUGUUUAUUCUCUAUCUUAUUGUAAGUUUUUGGAUCUGCUACUGACAACUUUGAGGGGUUUUUUUUUUGGUGGGGGGUGGGUGGGUGGGUGUUUGUUGCUGGGACUGAGAAGAAAGAGAUUUAUAUACUGUACAUAAAUAUAUAUGUAAAUUGUAUAGUUCUUUUGUACAGGUGUUGGCAUUUUGCUGUUUGUUUAUUCCUCCCCCCAACCCCACCCUCGUUGUGGGGGCUCUGGACACACAGCCCAGCUUUCUAGAACCCAGGACUGUAUCCCUAGCCCACCUGGAUCCCAUUUGGAGACGGACCGCGGUGUGCACGAAGACAGGAGCCCUCCGAUUGUAUUGUAGACCCCACUGGUUCUUUUCUGGCGGGAGGAGGGUCCUGCCCUUGCUUUAGCUGUCAGAGCCGGCGGGUCACUGGGCGUUUGGUCUUCCCAAAGGAGGCUGGGUUGAGGGACAGUUGGGAGUUGCCCCCAGAGGGAGGGCAGCAGCCAGCACAGGCACCAGUUCCCCCACGCCCAUGUGGUCCUGCUCUCUGGACCUCAGGCGGCCCAGGAUGCGUCCGUGAGUAUGCCAGGAUCCUCGUGACCCACUGAGCAAAUGAUUCUCGGACGAUUUGCAUUAGGUCAUUUGAAAGAUUUUCACCCUUGCUUAGCAUCUACUCUGUAAAGCACGAGAAGGGAGGCAAAGAAGAAAAAGAUACAGUGGGGCCUUCUAUUUAGCAGAUGUUUGAUGUUUAAGCAGUGGAGGGAAGAGGACAGAGGCCAGCACUGAUGAGUGCGGUGCCAGCCCCCUGCAAAUGCACAAGCGAGGCUUCCCGAGACUGGCCCUCUCAGCCGCAGGGUCAGCCUGGGUCUUCAUCUCCACUCUGUAUCUCCCCUGCCAUCCUGCCCUCAGUGGUGAUGACAAGCCUGAGGGAGGAGUUCGGCUGGUCAUCUUGUUGGUAACUCAGUGGUUUCUUUGUUUUUCAACCCAAUACUGAGGUUCUUCCUGUUCCCUCAAAUGCUCCUAAGGGCCUCUAGGCUUGAGGCCAAUUUCAGAGCAAAACUGAUUCUGGGCCUUCUCCUUCUACCCGCUGUAGAAGUGUAGGGCUAAUAACCCAGCUAGGGGGAAAUCCGGGCCUCACCUUCCACAGACAUGUUACUGGGAUUCCACUGCAGGCUGCCCAGCCUUCCUCUGCCCGGGUGGCCCAUUCAGACAGCCGUCAGACAGAGGACAACAAGUGACACUUAGCCUCUCUUCCCAUGAGCGGCCGUGGCAGCAACGAAGGAGGACAAGUGACCCAGGACCGGUGCCCCUAUCAGAUUGCUCUUGGAAAUCCGGCCUCAUCUCGUAUCCCACGUAGCAUUCCCGUAAGUGCACCCACCUCAGCAGACUGUGUAUCCCAUUUCGGGUCUGGAAGGCGUUGGCACCAUAAGCACGGGCCCACUCGAGGCCCUGCUCGGGGAGUGCCAGGGGCAGAGUUGGGGGGCGGGCACGGCCUCCUCAGGACAUGCUCUGGCGGGGCCUUGGACUAGAGAAGGUUCUUGAGCAAGUCCUAGAGGCUGUCUCAGGGGUGACUAAGACAUGCCAACAUGGUAAGGAGGAAAGGGAGCCCCCCACCCGCCAUUGGCCUGGACCGGAUGACCCAGCGGGCUAGAGUUAGAUGGACCUUCCAGAAGGCCCCGGCCCCUUUCCCUGGCCUGGAAGGAGCAUGAAAACACAGAGAGGGCGCCCCCCUGUGGAAAUUCAGAAUCCCCCCUCCACAACCCUGGCAUCUUCUCUCUCACACACGGGUAGGCUAUGUUGUGUGGCUUUCCUUUGUGAGGAUGGAGGGAGAUAUUUGUAGCUUGUUUUAUAAAAAAUAAAAAUGGGUAAACCUUG